CUGCAUAAAAGAUGGGACACCACCAGUAAAUACCAUCUAUACCAGUAGAACAGUAAAUUUCUGACUGACUUUCUUAAUCAAGGACCAGGAUGAAAUGCACUGUGGUGUUUCUGGUGUUGUCCAUGGUUGUCAUGAUGGCUGAACCUGGAGAGUGCAUUUUUGGACUGCUUGUUCAUGCAGCUAUUAAAGGCAUCCAUCAUCUUAUCAAUGGGAAAGAGAAACUUGCUGAUGAGCAAGCAGACCAGCAGCUUCAGCAGCAGGAGCAGGACCAGCAGCUGCAGGAGCAAGAGCUGCAGGAGCAGGACCAGCAGCUGCAGGAGCAAGAGCUGCAGGAGCAGGAUCAGCAGGAGCAGGAGCAGCUAGACAAACGUUCGCUUAAAUUCAAGACUGCAAGACGUCGUUUUGAUUAAACUCAGGGGGCCAGAAUGAGGAUGCUUUAAGUUCUUGCUCUUUAACAUAUGAAAGAAAGCAAGCAAAUGGUCUUGGCCUAUCAUUAUUAAAAUUGUACUAACAUGCUUUGGCUUAUCACAAACCUUUGGUUAAUGGAUUUUGGUAAAAAUAAUAAAUGUUUAAUAAAUCUCCUUUUCAG